GCAACGGUGCUGGGGACUUGCGGUCUGGGCUGCAAAAGGCCGGCCGGGCGGCGGCUGCGGCGGGCGUGAGGAGUGCGCGAGGACCGGUCAGAGAAGCCCAGCUGCCCCGACCAUGGUGGACCAUUUGGCCAACACGGAGAUCAAUAGCCAACGCAUCGCGGCGGUGGAGAGCUGCUUCGGGGCGUCGGGUCAGCCGCUGGCCCUGCCAGGCCGCGUGCUGCUGGGCGAAGGCGUGCUGACCAAGGAGUGCCGCAAGAAGGCCAAGCCGCGCAUCUUCUUCCUCUUCAACGACAUCCUGGUGUACGGCAGCAUCGUGCUCAACAAGCGCAAGUACCGCGGCCAGCACAUCAUCCCGCUGGAGGAAGUGACGCUGGAGCCGCUGCCCGAGACGCUGCAGGCCAAGAACCGCUGGAUGAUCCGGACGCCCAAGAAGUCCUUCGUGGUGUCGGCCGCGUCCGCCACGGAGCGUCAGGAGUGGGUCAGCCACAUCGAGGAGUGUGUGCGGCGGCAGCUGCUGGCCACCGGCCGCCCGCCCGCCACGGAGCACGCGGCGCCCUGGAUCCCCGACAGGGCCACGGACAUCUGCAUGCGCUGCACGCAGACGCGGUUCUCGGCGCUCACGCGGCGCCACCACUGCCGCAAGUGCGGGUUCGUGGUGUGCGCAGAGUGCUCACGCGAGCGCUUCCUGCUGCCGCGCCUGUCCCCCAAGCCCCUGCGCGUCUGCAGCCUCUGCUACCGCGACCUGGCCGCCCAGCAGCGCAGGGAGGAGGUGGAGGAGCAGGGCCGGGGGUCCCCAGCGCAGCGGGACCACCUGGCUGGGGCUGUGUGUGGGGGGGUGUCCAGUGACGAUGACUCGGACGAGGACCGGGACGGCGACUGGCCCAGCCGCGUGGAGUUCUACGCCUCGGGCGUCUCCUGGUCAGCCUUCCACAGCUGACGCCCACCAGCAGGACUUCUGCGUUUGGUGCAGCUCUACUGCCCAGGCUCAGACAAGGGCAGUGCCAAAAGCUGCCCUGUGGUGGUGGGCAUCACGUGGGAGCUGGCUUUUCCCCUCUGGAUUCCGAGGGCCUUUUUGCUGGACAUCAGCACCCUUCUAGUUCCACUUCGGGUAUCUUUCUUUGUAUUUAGCAAGUCCCAAAACACUUAGGCCUCUUGGGAACAGAUGCUUGUACUGUGAUGGAGCAGGGGUUCAGCCCUAUCAGCUGCAGCUGCAGAAAAACCCUUGAAUUAGAUGAGUCCAGGUGUUCCAGGCCUUUGGGGACCAGAAGGGAAUAGGAACCUAGAGGGAAGACAGAACCGCCACUCCCCUGUGGCUCCUGCCAGGCCUCUGGGGCUGGACGGUGCCUUGGAGCCCUGGUGCACUGCUCUCCCUCCAGCGCCCCACUAGCCUUGGCCAAAGCCCACUGCGGCACAAAGCGGUUCCCUGUUGGCCAGAAGUGGUGCUUGUGGGGCUGGGAACGUUCUCCUUGGCUCACACAGCAUGUCUGAAACCCCACUCGGGCCCCAUGCCCUGGGGAAACACCUCUUUGGCCAGUUCUCAGAGCGUGAGCCAGGGAGUCACUGCCUACCCACCACCUUGCUGGUGCCCACUGCUGCCCCAGGCUGGGGUUCCGCUCUGCCAUGCUGUGGGUGCCCACCAGGUCUGGGGGACUGCAGCCUGAGCUGCCCUUGGCUCAGGACGUCUGGUGAGGAGCCUCCAUCUGACCUGUCCACGUGUCCAGGCCUUUUUUUAUCUGUCCCCUUCUUUCCCUGCGCCAGUGAAACUGGUGCCAGGAGUCAGUUGCAGGGACAGAAACUGGCUUAAUAAUAAAAAGAAAGUUUAUUGACUUGUGUGGUCACAAAUUCAGGGGAGUUUCUGCUGCAGAUGCUGUUGAAACCAUGCAGAUUGGCAGAAAUCAACCACAGUCCACCACCCUGGGUGUACCCGGGUUGCUGCAGUCCAGCAGAGACAGAUGUCCACACCACACCUUA